AUGGCUUCCACCCAAGAGACCAAUGAGUGGCGUUACGACCCCAACCGCGGGAACCCGUACGUGAACUACCAGGUCUAUUUCUUCGAGGGCCAAAUGCAGAGCCAGCAGCAACUCCUCACCCAAAUGGGAGAAUCCGAGGCAAGCGAGGAGGCCGCUGAAGCUUCCACGAAUGAUAUCGUCGAUGGGAAUGGCGACGUGGCAUCAGGAGAUCUUACUAAUGGUAAUAUCGCUGGUGAGAAUGCUGCAGAGGGCGGCGCGCCGCCGUUCCGUUUGCAUAGGAAGAAAAGCAAUUUCAGUCUCUUUGGGAAGAAGAACCAAGACGAUGAAGCUGACGCGAGAUCGGUUCGUGAGGAGGGUGCUCCCGAUCGUCCGCAGAGGGGUCUGAGGAGGCUGAAGAGUGCUUUCUCCUUUCGUGAGAGGUCUGCUGGUGACGUUGGUGGAAGCCAACAGCAGCAAUCACAGCAGCAGGCUGGAGCAGAGGACGGCGAUGAUCAGCAGCAGCGAAAUCGUCGUCGUGGAGCCAGCUUCACUAAAAUUCUCCGUCCUGUCAAGAGUCUGACGGAUCUCGGAAAGCGAGUCAGUGAUUUCUUCUCCAAUAGUCGCAACGACAGAGAGGACUUUGACGAAGAGGAUGGCGUGUCCCUUGAUGAUGCGAGGCAAGACAAUGACGACGUCUCCGAUGCUGAGAGUGACAGGACUGUGCGGGCGGCCGCCCCGUCUGAACAAGAUGAAGAUGGGAGGUCGAAGAGUAUUUACUCUCGUGACGUUGGAGACGAUAUUUCGGUGGGCUCUUCUUCUACUGCUCGAGGGUGGGAUGAGGAUGGGCAAGCCUACGACGAUGUAGUCGGGCAGAUGGAGUGGGCGGAACGACAGAGAAGCUAUACCAGCUCUGUCACCUCACCAUCUCCUCCCCCUUCUUUCACUCGUGCUCCGGUGAGGAAUGGUGGGCGCAUCAUCCGUCAUCCUAGGAUGGUGUGGCGGAAUACCGAGGAGAUGCGUCGUGCACUGCGCGCAAAGGACCAAGACGAAUCGUCCCAAAGACCUGGAAGCAUCAGUGCCGGCGAAGUGCUCGAUCCACGCCGUAGUUUGGUGAACUUGGCUGCCGGCGACGACUGGAGCAUGUACUCCGCCGACGUCAACGGCACCAGCGCCGAAGAAUGGAAAGAUGAAGAAAGCCAAGCUAGACUGGCCCAUCUCACCACAAUCCGGACGCCCGGUGGCGGAGAAGAAGACACGCUCGCGGCGCUGGAGGGAAGACCACUACCUUCGCAACAACAAACGGUGAGGAAGUCAAAGAGCGUGGCUUUCGACAACGUCGUCCAAAAGAGCGCGUACGACGAAGAAGACUACGGUAGUCCGGUCGUCUACAGGUCGCGAGCCAAAUCAAUAGCGACGAGAUUGGACCUACAGACCAACAAGCUCACCAUCCUUCCGCGUGGUAGCGACGAGACUCAAGGCACCAUCAGUCCACGGACAUCAGCACCACCUAUCCAGUCAUCAAUGCGGCCGGUAUCGAUGUUCGAGCCGAACGAGACAGUCGGGAUGGCGAUGCCGCAUGAUACUGCAUAUGCGGGACCGUCGAAGACGUUACAGAGGAGGAGCACAGUGCGGAAAGCUGUCUCGGUUAAUCAGCUCUCGGAAAAAGCUGCUGGUAAACGGCCUGCUAGGUUGGAUUCGACGAUUGAGACUGGGGUGCUUGCGGAUGCCGCAGGAUCUAGUGACACAAACAUAGCUGCUGCCUCUACACCAAGCCGUCAAGCGAUCGAGUGCCUCCAAUCCGAACUCCACUUCCUCGAAACCCUGCGCUCCGACCUCCGCGCUCGACGUCGCCGGAUCGAAUCCUCCUCCACCGGCACCCCCUUCGUUUACAACGCUUCCAGAGAACCACGGGAUACAAAGACCACUCACACGCUCACAGAAGAAGCACAAAAGAUGCUCAACGCAGGCAAGCGCGAAUCCGCCACUGGCCCCAUCCGCUGGCAACCCGAUGAUCCGAGCGAGUAUACCCGAAGAAAACGAAUUUCGGAAAAAUUUGAGCAGGAGGAGAGGGAGGCGUAUGAGGCGUUGAGGGCGAGUGUGGAUGAGGUGCGACGGGAGGUGGAGGCGGAGAGGACGAGUUUGGAUUAUACGAGGAGGCGGGUUGAGGAUGCGGAGAGGGUGGAGGGGAAUUGA